CCCUCGCUCCCAACUCCUCCCCCACAGCCUCUCCCUCCCUCCCUCCCUCUGCUCCGUUCGCUCCUCUCCGCUCUUACCCGCGCGCCGGGUCGGGAGCUAGUUGGAGCGCGGGGGCUGCUGCCAGAGCCCAGCUCCGCUGAGCCGGGCGGGUCGGCCGCGCGUCCAGCGGCUGCGGGAGGAACCGAGCCUAGCGGGCGCGGGCCCGGGUCGGGACUGCACGGGAGCGCCGAGCCGAGGGCCGGGGGCCGCUGCUGCGCGACCGCCCCAUUCCCAGACGCGUCGCUGGCCCUCCUGGUUUGCCGCCUCCGCUCCGUGCCGCCGAGAGCCGGGAGCCGCCGGGAACCGGGCACCUGCGCCCGCAGCCCGGAGGACUUCCCCAGCCUGCCUAGGACUGCAGAGGGCCCCACCAUGGUGUUCCCGGGACCCCUGGCUGUCACCCUGUUGCCACCCAGCCUCACACUGCUAGUGUUCCACCUCUCCAGCUCCCAGGAUGUCACCAGUGACCCCAGCAGUGAGCAGCUGUGCACCUUGAGGGAACACCCCAUCGUGGCCUUUGCAGAUCUGAAGCCAUGGAUCUCUAACUUCACCUACCCUGGAGCCCGAGAUUUCUCCCAGCUCGCUCUGGAUCCCUCCAGGAACCAGCUCAUCGUGGGAGCCAGGAACUACCUCUUCCGACUCAGCCUUGCCAAUGUCUCCCUCCUCCAGGCCACAGAGUGGGCCUCCAACGAGGACACGCGCCGCUCCUGCCAAAGCAAAGGGAAGACUGAGGAGGAGUGUCAGAACUAUGUGCGAGUCCUCAUUGUCGCUGGCCGGAAAGUGUUCAUGUGCGGGACCAAUGCCUUCUCCCCGGUGUGCUCCAGUAGACAGGUGGGGAACCUCAGCCGGACUAUGGAGAAGAUCAAUGGCGUGGCCCGCUGCCCCUACGACCCGCGCCACAACUCCACAGCUGUCAUCUCCUCCCAGGGAGAGCUCUACGCGGCCACGGUCAUCGACUUCUCGGGUCGGGACCCCGCCAUCUAUCGCAGCCUGGGCAGUGGGCCGCCGCUCCGCACUGCCCAGUAUAACUCCAAGUGGCUCAAUGAGCCAAACUUCGUGGCAGCCUAUGACAUCGGGCUGUUUGCGUACUUCUUCCUGCGGGAGAACGCAGUGGAGCAUGACUGCGGGCGCACCGUGUACUCCCGGGUGGCCCGCGUGUGCAAGAACGACGUGGGGGGCCGCUUCCUGCUGGAGGACACGUGGACCACGUUCAUGAAGGCCCGGCUCAACUGCUCCCGCCCCGGCGAGGUCCCCUUCUACUACAAUGAGCUGCAGAGUGCCUUCCACCUGCCCGAGCAGGACCUCAUCUACGGGGUCUUCACCACCAACAUAAACAGCAUUGCCGCUUCUGCCGUCUGCGCCUUCAACCUCAGUGCCAUCUCCCAGGCUUUCAAUGGCCCGUUUCGCUACCAGGAGAACCCCAGGGCUGCCUGGCUCCCCAUCGCCAACCCCCUGCCCAAUUUCCAGUGUGGCACCCUGCCGGAGGUGGGCCCCAACGAGAACCUGACGGAGCGCAGCCUGCAGGACGCCCAGCGCCUGUUCCUGAUGAGCGAGGCCGUGCAGCCGGUGACACCGGAGCCCUGUGUCACCCAGGACAGCGUGCGCUUCUCACACCUCGUGGUGGACCUUGUGCAGGCCAAAGACACGCUCUACCACGUGCUCUACAUCGGCACGGAGUCGGGCACCAUCCUGAAGGCACUGUCCACGACGAGCCGCAGCCUCCGCGGCUGCUACCUGGAGGAGCUGCACGUGCUGCCCCCCGGGCGCCGCGAACCCCUGCGCAGCCUGCGCAUCCUGCACAGCGCGCGCGCGCUCUUCGUGGGGCUGAGCGACAGCGUGCUGCGGGUCCCGCUGGAGCGCUGCGCCGCCUACCGCAGCCAGGGGGCAUGCCUGGGGGCGCGGGACCCAUACUGCGGCUGGGACGGGAAGCAGCAACGUUGCAGCACGCUCGAGGACAGCUCCAACAUGAGCCUCUGGACCCAGAACAUCACAGCGUGUCCUGUGCGGAACGUGACUCGGGAUGGGGGCUUCGGCCAGUGGUCACCAUGGCAGCCAUGUGAGCACUUAGAUGGGGACAACUCUGGCUCUUGCCUGUGUCGGGCCCGAGCCUGCGACUCCCCCCAACCCCGCUGUGGGGGCCGCAACUGCCUGGGGCCUGCCAUCCACAUCGCCAACUGCUCCAGGAAUGGGGCGUGGACCCCGUGGUCGUCGUGGGCCCUGUGCAGCACGUCCUGCGGCAUUGGAUUCCAGGUCCGCCAGCGAAGUUGCAGCAACCCUGCUCCCCGCCACGGUGGCCGCAUCUGCGUGGGCAAGAGCCGGGAGGAGCGGUUCUGCAACGAAAACACGCCUUGCCCGGUGCCCAUCUUCUGGGCCUCCUGGGGCUCCUGGAGCAAGUGCAGCAGCAACUGCGGGGGUGGCGUGCAGUCGCGGCGGCGGUCCUGCGAGAACGGUGACUCCUGCCCGGGCUGCGGCGUGGAGUUCAAGACGUGCAACCCCGAGGGCUGCCCCGAAGUGCGGCGCAACACGCCCUGGACGCCGUGGCUGCCGGUGAACGUGACCCAGGGCGGCGCGCGACAGGAGCAGCGCUUCCGCUUCACGUGCCGCGCGCCCCUGCCCGACCCCCACGGUCUGCAGUUCGGCAGGAGGAGGACAGAGACCAGGACCUGCCCCGCCGACGGCUCGGGAGCCUGCGACACCGACGCCCUGGUGGAGGAUCUCCUGCGCAGCGGGGGCACCUCCCCGCACACGGUGAGCGGGGGCUGGGCCGCCUGGGGCCCGUGGUCGUCCUGCUCCCGGGACUGCGAGCUGGGCUUCCGCGUCCGCAAGAGAACCUGCACGAACCCGGAGCCCCGAAAUGGGGGCCUGCCCUGCGUGGGCGAUGCCGCAGAGUACCAGGACUGCAACCCCCAGGCUUGUCCAGUGCGGGGCGCCUGGUCCUGCUGGACCUCAUGGUCCCCAUGCUCAGCCUCCUGCGGUGGUGGCCACUAUCAACGCACACGUUCCUGCACCAACCCCACACCCUCCCCAGGCGAGGACAUCUGUCUCGGGCUGCACACGGAGGAGGCACUGUGUGCCACACAGGCCUGCCCAGAAGGCUGGUCGCUAUGGUCUGAGUGGAGCACGUGCACUGAGGACGGAGCCCAAAGCCGCAGCCGGCGCUGUGAGGAGCUGGUCCUAGGGCCCAGCACCUGUGCUGGAAACAGCAGCCAGAGCCGCCCCUGCCCCUACAGCGAGAUUCCCGUGAUCCUGCCUGCCUCCAGUGUGGAGGAGACCACCGGCUGUGGAGGGUUCAAUGUCAUCCACCUGGUGGCCACAGGUGUCUCCUGCUUCCUGGGCUCUGGGCUUCUGACCUUGGCAGUGUACCUGUCCUGCCAGCACUGCCAGCGCCAGACCCAGGAGUCCACACUGGUCCAUCCCGCCACCCCCAAUCACCUGCACUACAAGGGUGGGGGCACCCCCAAGAACGAGAAGUACACACCCAUGGAGUUCAAGACUCUGAACAAGAAUAACCUGAUCCCCGACGACAGAGCCAACUUCUACCCAUUGCAGCAGACCAAUGUGUACACGACCACCUACUACCCCAGCCCGCUGAACAAGCACAGCUUCCGGCCCGAGGCCUCACCUGGACAACGGUGCUUCCCCAACAGCUGAUACCACUGUCUGGGGACUUGGGCUCCUUGCCUUCUAAGGCACAGAGCAGGUGGAGAUGGGACAAUGGAGCCAGUUUGGUUUUCUCCUUCUGCACUAGGCCAAGAACUUGCUGCCUUGCUUGGUGGGGGCCCAUCUGGCUUCAGAGAGCUCUGGCUGGCGGUGACCAUGUGGGAGAGGACUGGCUUCAGGCUGGCACAUGGCUGCAGUUCCAGCUCAACCCAGGUCUCUCAUGGCCUCCUGGUGACCCACUGUCGUGCUGAUCUCCCCUGCCAUGUCUGCACUGCGGACCUAUGGGGCAUGUGAGGAAUUGGAGAGUGGAGAUGGCAGGGGCAGGCUCAUAGGUUUGGGUUGGAAAUGAUGGCCGGUGUGGCCAUCACGGGCCAACUCUGCCCCUCUCUGGCUGGCCCCAGGAAGGGCCUGGGAUCCAUCCUGAUUAUCUCUGAAAGAAACUAAUCAGAUGGCCCCGGUAGCUCUGGAUUCUCUGCCCAGGGAUGGGCCAUCGUGGUGCUGCCCCAGUGUGACAUGGGGAUCAAGGCUGGCCCAGGCUGUCCACCUUUGCUUAGCAGUCUGUACUUUGCCCAUGGACAUCCCUCUGGUCAGAGGCAGUGAGGACUUGGGACUGGACACUGAUCUUUGCUGAGAAGCCCUUUAAUCUGGGCUGGCACAGGCCUCAGCCUUGCCCUCAGAAUGCACGAAAGAUGGCCCAGGAGAAAGGGAGGCAGGCGUCCAGCCUCCGUGCCACUAUGGAGACUGUCUUCCAGUUGCUGCUCAACAGAGCUGUUGGCUGAGACCUGCUUGGGAGUCUUUGCUGGCCCCUCAUCUGUUCAGGAACACACACACACACAGUCACAACCUGCUACAGCAACAAAAAGGAUGUUGGGCUGUGGCAUUAUUAUUAAAGACGAUAUCCAGUCUCCAAAUGUAAUUUUGUCUGCGUGCGUAUGUGUGUGGGCUCCUCUUGGCAUGGUCUUGUCAAUCAGAGCAAUGCACUCGGUUGGCAGAUGGUCUUCUCAGGAUGGAGGAAAUUACCCAAGUGGAGUUUGACUUUAAUAGUGGAUAUUUUUCCAUUUGUGAGUAUAUUUGCACACACAUCUUGCCCUAAACUUUUGGAAAAGAGAUCAGGGAUAAAUAAAUUCAUAAGUAGGAACACAAGGUACACCAAGGGUAACACGACACGGGAGAUUUCUGCCUGUUCCCUGGGCAGAGAAUCCAGGCAACAGUUCCAGAGCAGAAAUGUGUGUGUCCAGCAAAGGGGGCAUUCAUGAGGGUUAUUUUAAGAGGUAUUUAAAAUACAGAGUUUAAUAAAAGCAAAACUGACUGAGAAAUGAGUAAACCUGUGAGGUGGGGGAAGCCCACUGUAAUUUUUGCUGGAUUAAAUAAAAAGAACCUUAAAACCUCAGCCUGCCAAAUCAA